CAGAUUUGUAAGAAAUCAAUAUUGUCUCAACGUCUCAAGUUUUGAGAUUCUCAAUCAAAAAGGAAUAAAUGAACUACAUUUAAGAUUUCAUCCACUGGGAUGAAGGAAAACUACAGAGAGGAAUUAAAUAUCCGUCUUUAUUCCUUGUUGAGAGAUCCUCAUCAUUGUACACAAUGUAAUAAAUUGCAAAUCGCACAUUACUUUGUCCCAUCAUUAAAUGAGUAGGUAUUUAAAAAUAAACCUCUCUAGCCACCUACGUAAAUGGUCAAGAAACAAGUAUGUAAGAGUAAGUAAACACUGCUAAAUAAUUUACACAUCACGAGAGAAUGACAGACAAUCCUUGAUUGACGUUGCUUCAAAUUGCUCAAGGUAGGGCUAAAUAAAUGCUCGAUUAAUUAUAUAAUACCUAACACCUUGUUGUAUUGACAAUGCUAAAUCUAUUAAAUCUAUCCCUCACUAAUAGUCAGCAUUUGACAAGGACAUUUGCAACUUGCUACAUUUUGUGUAACUAGUUUUAUGACCAGGCCCAUUUUACGAAGAUUAUGCGACUGAUUAUGUAGUAUUUACAUAUGUACUUGAAUUAAUUUUUUGGAUUAUUCGAAUGUAUUUAGCCUUUUGUCCAGAAAUGUUUUAGAAUCACGUAAAUUCAAGGCGUGGGCUUGAUUAUUUUGCAAUUUACGAAAAAUUCACCUCUUAAAAUAUUUAAUAUGCAUUAUGUUUAAUAAAAAUUCUUUCGACGCGCUGAUGCACUUACAAUUCGAUCCCUUCCGAAAAUCGUCUAACCGAUGCCGGUUGUGGUUUUGGUGGUGGUUUUGGUGGUGGGGGUCGGUCAAUUUUAGGAGGAGGCCGGUAAAUUUUUUGAGAAGGCUGCCAUUGUUGUUCUUUACUUGGUGCUAACAAUUCUUCGAUGGGGAUUGGUUCAGGAUGUUGUGUCACCGAAUGGGUGUGGUCCCCUUUGGCGGGGAACUUGCUAGUGUCAGAAAUGUCUUUGGCGUCCGGGGUACGAUUUGUUGUAGAUGUGUCCAAGGGUUCCCAUCUUUUGAGAGGUUUGUCCCAAUCGGGAAAGUGAGCACUAACCGAUUUAUGUAUUGUUGGUUUUGGCGAAUUAACAGGUCGUCGAAGGACAAUCACCUUUCCUUCUUGGGAUUCGUCGGGGGACGGCAUUUUAUAAAGUCGAAGCGUGGUAAUCUUUAAGAGAAAGAUGUCAACCAGGUGAUGAAGAAUUGAAAAAUACUCGUAUUUCCUGGAGCUAGACUAAAACAUACACCUUCGAAACUUCCAUGGAUUUGAAACAAAGUUUCAGGAUAUUAUUGAUUCCAAAGACUUAUUACAGACUUUUGACAAUCCAAUUUUAUUCUCUCUCCCUCAACUUUUCGAACCAUGUCGAUAUUAUUUUCCGACCCUGUGACUGCCUACUACAUUCCAACUGCUCAAGGCACUGACCGUGGCACACAUGACAAUCGUUCAGCUGUCCAACCCAAAUCGUGCCAGAAUGUCACCCAAUCUGAAUUUCCAAGCAUGGAAAUAUGCGGAGAAAGUGCUCAUGAGGCGACCAGGCCGAUAAUUGAACUCCGAUAUCACGACUCGGACGUGAAGCCGUCGGUCAGCCAGCAGACUUUGGAGGAUUUUGUGACCGUCCAGAAAGUGGAGACGCAUCCUGUUCCUGGAGUUGAAGGCAUGACGUGGUGCAUCCUCUCCUCCCAGUCCCCCCCAGACCAGGACAGCCAAUCCAGAUACAUUGCAGCCUUAGACUAUGCCAUGCUCGAAGGGUUCGAUGCCGUGGUCAUUGAGCCGUUCGACCUCACUCAGAGGACACAUCAGUGGAUCAACAUCAUGACCCUGGUUUGGAACGUGUUUGGCUGCUAUCUUUCCGUUUCUGUUGCUGCAACCUUGUCGUCCCGAAUGUCGGACCCUGCCAUGACAUUUGCCGGGAUCGUCAACGUGGUCCUACUCCAGAAAUAUGUCAAGUUUGUAAUGGGUGAUCCCAUUUCGCAAUAUCGAAACCUGGACUUUCUGAGCGAUGAGGAUAUGGACCGUGUAUUCCACAUGAGCGAAUUGCUCGCCGUGAGGGGUGCCUUCACCAACGUUAUCAUCAAGGACACGCGGCGUGAACGAUAUCGCUAUAAUAUUUUAAAGUAUAUGACUGCUUUUCAGUUGGCGUUGUGCGCCUACAAAUAUUUCUUUGGAAUGGUCCUCUCCACCUUCUUCCAAAACCGACCGUUGUAAAAUUAGUACGGUUUUUUCUGAAUGUAUGA